UCUCGGUGUCAUCGGCGGCGUCGGUUACACCCCCGAGAUGCUCCGCGACCAGAUCGCCGAGCUCAAGGAACAUCUCGACGACAAGAACGCCCCCUUCGGCGUUGACCUGCUUCUCCCCCAGGUCGGCGGCAGCGCUCGCAAGACCAACUACGACUACACAAAGGGCAAGCUCAAUGAGCUCGUCGACAUCAUCAUCGAGGAGGGCGCCAAGGUCUUCGUCUCGGCCGUUGGCGUCCCCACCAAGGCCGUCGUCGAGAAGCUGCACGCCCACGGCAUCGUCUACAUGAACAUGAUUGGCCACGUCAAGCACGUUAAGAAGUGCCUCGACCUCGGCGUCGACAUCAUCGUCGCCCAGGGUGGUGAGGGCGGCGGCCACACCGGCGAUAUCCCCACCACUGUCCUCAUCCCCGCCGUUGUUGAGAUCUGCAAGAAGCACAAGUCGCCCUUGACCGGCGGACCUGUCCAGGUCGUCGCCGCUGGUGGCAUCCACAACGGCCAGCUCCUCGCCGCCUCUCUCAUGAUGGGCGCCAGCGCCGUCUGGGUCGGCACCCGCUUCAUCCUCACCGACGAGGCCGGUGCCCCCAAGGCCCACAAGGAGGCCGUCCAGACCGCCGGCCACGACGACAACAUCCGCACCAUCAUCUUCACCGGCCGCCCCAUGCGCGUCCGCAACAACGAGUACAUUAACAACUGGGAGGUCAACCGCCAGGCCGAGAUGAAGGAGCUCACCUCCAAGGGCACCAUUCCCUACGAGGCCGACCUCGACAAGAUCAUGGAGGAGAGCAGCGACAGCGACGAUGAUGACGCUCUCGACAAGUUCCGUCCCUUCCUCAUGGGCAAGUGCGCCGCCGUCGUCAACGAGCAAAAGUCAGCCAAGGCCGUCGUCGACGAGUUUGUCAACGACGCCGUCUCCUGGCUGCAGACGGGCAACAAGAUGAUUGCCAAGCUGUAGAAGAACCAAACACCAGAUCCUCCUUGAGAUACCUGUAGACUAUGAGCAUUAUUGCAUUUUACG